GGAGUAACAACAGCAGGGCGUUGGGGUGUCUCGGUUCACUCCCCCGCCAUGUUCUCCUGAGAGGAUCUGCUCGCUUAACUAGCGCAGCCUCGUCCGGCUCCAACCGAGGCUCAGCAGUCCUAUCCCCGCGUCCCCGAUCUUUUUUUCCUUUACUCAUCCCUGCCCCUGCGAUUCUGCGUAUAUCCUAAGCCUUCAGUAUGGUGACUACCACAGCGCCUUCGCCGUUUCUAGCCCGUGUGUCAGCUGGUACCGAGGACUCUCGUCAGUUUCCUACGUCCCUUUUUAAACGACUCCUGCGGGCAGACCACAACAGCGAAAGACCCCAGCCCGGCUGCUGUCCAAGCCUGGGACCAAGCGGUAGCGCAAGGCCAGCGCUGAAAAGAGUGAGGCGACGAAGAGGGAAGAUCCGCUCCGCUCCUUCUGGCCUCUUACAGAGCCGCUACCAGCAAUUCCAACAACACCGCGCCGGUUUGGGACGAAGGAACGCCGCGCAGGGGACUCGCAACCGCUGCGAAGUCCCCGCUGCUUCGUCAGACCCCGGACUAGAAACGGGACCUUCCGCCGAGGCAGCUCCGGCACCUUCGCCAAGAACAACCCCCGUCAUUACAAACAAACCCUUCAGGAAAGAGUUGUUCAAAAACAGAAUGGGAAAAUCUGAGAAGGUUCCACUGCCUUACAAUCAGCCUGUUCAUAGUAUACAUCUAUCUGACCAAUCGAAGAGUAACAGACCGAGGAGUAAAUGUAACAUACCACUAAAUAAAUUUCCAUCUACAAAAAAGUGUGAAAAUAAAUUUUGGCAAGAAUCAUUAUCAUCUGAACUCAUUAAAAGGCAGGAGAAAAAGCCUCUGAAAAAUACAGAAAAUUUUAAAGUGAAGAAAUCUAUUUUUCUGAUGGAAGCCAACCAAAAAGAAAAUUAUGCUGGGGCAAAAUUUAGUGAUCCUCCUUCACCCAGUGUCCUUCCAAAGCCUCCCAGUCACUGGGUUGGGAGCACUGUUGAAUUUUCUGACCAAAACAGGAAGAUGAUGGCAGUCCAUUUAAAGACUCUCUUAAAAGUUCAAGCAUAGCUUCUGGAUACUGACAAAGAACAUACCAGCAAUUUGAAUCCAGCCUUGUUGCAUCUAAUUGUGCAAAAGACUGUCUAGUCUUAAAAACAGAAACUUUUCUCUAAUUUUUUUAUGGAUAUGUAAAUAGUGUAUAUCAUGUAAUGUGUAUAUUCAUAUUUUGAGGUACAUUUUAGUUUUGUUAUGAAAGGAUGUAUUUUACAUUGCCCAUGUGGUAGAUGGCUUUUGUACAUAAUAAUGGACAUCUUUUUAAAGUGUGUUUGACACGUGGAAAGAUCUGUCAGCAUUUGCACAAGGUACUGAGAUUUUUGAAAGGAAAAAAAUCUUAAGUUUCAAAUGGAAAUGUGAAAACAUUACUGUUGCACUACUGAAACAAUUUACAGUCUGUGGCACACAAUAUUUUAUUGAAAAAUAAGCUUUCAGAAAGAUGUGAAUCUGUUUGAAAACAAUAUAUGGAGUUAAAUUCAAUUACACCAUACAAAGUUCCAUACAAACUUUGGAAUUUAAUUGACAACACUUGAAACCUAGCACUUAACUAUCUAACGUAAGUAGCAGUGCUAUCUGCCAGAAAUAAUUGGCUAUUUAAAAAUAAAAAAUAAAACAAUUUGGCCUCCCCCUUA